ACUAUGAUCACUGUUCCAUCUGCGAGUCAGUGGGGAUCCCCUACUGCAAGCAGGAGAGCACUCCUUAUACAUGGUUUAAAUUCGUCUUCGCACACGUUCCACCGUGUUGCGUCGGUGCUUGCAGCCAAAGGAUACUUGGUCGUUGCUCCAAACCUUCUUGGACAUGCUCUCAGGAAGCCUGGAGUUGACUUCCAAGUUCAGACAUUGGCAGACGACCUCUUGCCCUAUUUUCAGGCUGCUGAGUAUGAUAUCGUCAUCGGCCACUCAAUGGGCGCGCUCGUGGUAUUAUCACUUCUCAAGUACCUGCCAAAAACCAAGCCUACUUCAGUGGUCCUCGUCGACCCAUCUCUGGAGUUGAGCGCAGAGCAGAUGGUGGAUGCGAAAGUUAGGUUUUCCGACGAUGUCAGAACUAACCCCACUGCAGAAGAUUAUAUGUCAUUGAAUCCUCUAUGGACAAGAGAAGAUGCCAUUUGGAGAGUGUUGGGGACCCAUAUUGGAAGACCAACAAACUCCGAUGAUCACAUCGAUGGCAAUGUGCCAUGGUCAUUUUCGCGUCUGAUCGCUGACAGGCCUGCUGCUGCCGCAUUGACGAUUCUGGUCGCCCAGCCUUCCAAGUUGGAUUGUGUCGCAAAAAUCAAAAACAUUAGAACAGUAAUCGUUUCGAAUGCCUCGCACUGGAUACAGUAUGAGUUCCCGGACGUGAUUGUUGAAGAGGCACUGAGGAAUAUCGAAGAGUAGGACAAUGAGCAG